CCAUAGUAAGAAAGGCUUACAGUAUUCAAUCAUGCCGCAUGAACUAAUCGGUACAUUAUUGCGAGGUAACGCAAAAGAAAAACAAAUCCCAUGUCCCCUAGAGGGCUCCGUACCCUGUUGUCGAGUGCACUAUAUACGACGAGCGCGGUCUCAAGCUACCUGUGUGGGAUGGGAACCUAACUAGUGUCGUUGUUCUGACUAACUGUGUGCGCAUUACCACAAGGGCUGCCGUCUGACCACGGACACCCGCAGGACAGGAGUCAGUACAGAGUCGCAACCUUGGCUGGAAGCAAAUCAGCUAUGGACGGUCCGGGCAAAGCAGCGGCCACACACACCGAGGGAGUGAAGGUGGACCUGAAAGCAGCUGAAGCAGACCCCGCUGGAGGCUGCGGCUGCAGCCUGAAGAGAAUACGGGACUCUGUUCCGCAGAAGUACCGAAAUGAGCUGGCAGAGCUGUUCAAACUGGCGGGACCGGUGGUCAUUUCCCAGCUGAUGAUCUUUAUGAUCAGUUUUGUCAGCAUGGUGUUCUGCGGCCACCUGGGAAAAACCGAGCUAGCCGGGGUUUCGCUGUCAAUUGCAGUGGUUAACGUCACCGGUAUUUCCAUUGGCACCGGUUUGUCAUUAACCUGCGAUACGCUCAUAUCACAGACCUAUGGGAGCGGUAACCUGAAGCGUGUGGGUGUGAUUCUCCAGAGGGGGGUUCUGAUUCUGCUGCUGGCCUGUUUCCCCUGCUGGGCCGUCCUGAUCAACACCGAGCCCCUACUGCUGGCUGUCAAGCAGAGUCCAGCGGUCGCCAGACUCUCCCAGAUGUACGUGAACAUAUUCAUGCCUGCUUUGCCAGCUGCCUUUAUGUACCAGCUGCAGGGAAGGUACCUCCAAAACCAGGGAAUUAUAUGGCCUCAAGUUAUAACUGGAGCAAUCGGAAAUGUCCUGAACGCAAUAAUCAACUAUGUGUUCCUGUAUCCUCUGGAUAUGGGUGUUGCUGGGUCUGCAGCAGCUAAUGCUAUCUCCCAGUAUGUGCUGGCUGUGGUUUUGUUUGCUUACAUCAACCUGAAGGGUCUCCAUAAGGCUACAUGGGGAGGCUGGUCGCUGGACUGCCUCCAGGAGUGGGGCUCGUUCAUCCAGCUGGCCAUCCCCAGCAUGCUGAUGCUCUGUCUGGAGUGGUGGAUCUUCGAAGUGGGAGGAUUCCUGGCCGGAGUGAUCAGCGAAGUCGAGCUGGGAGCAAACUCCGUCAUAUACGAGCUGGCGAUUAUUGCUUACAUGUUUCCUUUAGGAUUCUCUGCUGCUGCUAGUGUUCGUGUUGGAAAUGCUCUUGGUGCAGGGAACAUUGAACAGGCCAAGCUGUCCUGCAAAGUCCCCAUUGUCUGUGCAUUCAUAAUUUCGUGUGUUGUCGGAGCGAUUCUUGGUGCCUGCAAAGACAUCUUUGGAUACAUUUUCACCUCGGAUGAAGAGAUUUUGUUGAGAGUUUCUGACGUCAUGGUCAUCUUUUGCUUCACACAUCUGUGUGAUGCUGUCGCGGGUGUGACUGGAGGUGUCCUCAGAGGAGCCGGUAAACAGCUGAUUGGUGCCCUGUGUAACCUGGUGGGCUUCUACUUCAUCGGUUUCCCCAUUGGCGUUUCCCUGAUGUUUGCUGCCAAGAUGGGGAUUAUAGGGCUGUGGACGGGACUUACAGUUUGCGUGUUGAUGCAGUCGAUUUUCUUCAUCAUAUAUCUGUCCAAGCUUAACUGGGAGAAGGCUGUAAAAGAGGCUCUUGUGAGGGCAGGAGUGCAGAUCAAAGAAGAAAAAGAUAUGACCAAGAUGGAAAAUUCAGCCUGCAACCAGAGCCAGGCUGGUGCUGCAGCAUCUCGUGAUGAGGAGGACCAUGUGUACCAGGAGGCCCAUCCUCCAGAGCAGAGUAAACCCACCACCACGGUGGGGGACGUCCUGUCGGGGACUCAGCUGGUUUUACGGCGAGGGCUGGCGGUGCUGGUCAUGUUCAUCAUCCUCGCUGCAGGAAUUGUGGCCUCGCACUUCCUCACUAAAAUGUUGAAGUGAUCCCUCUGAUCCCUCCUAACAGUGUCAAAUUCAUGACCGUUGGGGUCUGAUGGGACAAAGUUUUAGCUGAAUCUUAUUUUGGUUAAAAUGGCCUCACUUUCUCUUGUGACCAUCUCAGUCACAUGCUGAACAAAUGUAAGUGGGGCCAAACCAAACCAAACUCGUUUUAGAAACACCAGACAAGUGUUUGCUGUUUUACUAGCCUUAAAAUGUUUCAGUAAAAGCUGGUCUUUAACAUUAAUGAAUGACAAGUCUCCAACAUGUACUUGAUUUUAUAUUUUUAAUUUUAUAAAUUUGUUCUACAAUUGUAUUUUAAAUGAAGUGGUAUGGAAGAUGAGAGAGCUUAAUGCUGCUGAAGUUUGUGAGGUUGAUGCCCUGGAUUGUAGUUUACUUACUCUGGAACAUGUUAAAGAUUUGGUGGACUAUCUGUGUUGCUGUCAUACCAAAGUCACUUCAAAGCUAAAAAUUUGCUAUGCAAAGCAACUGUGCAUUUAAAGAAUGUGAAAUAAUUUAGCACACUUAAAGGUUAAAUAGGGUAGUAACACCAGUUGAAGCCAUGUUUAUGUGCAGCAGCUUUGACAAGUCUUAAUCAUUACACUCCACACAGGCUGUAUGGCAUUCAUAGAACCAGCAGUGUCUGACAGCAGAGCACGUUGAUAUCAUGUUGAAGAUAAAAUACAACCAAAGAUGGGAAUAAAGCGUGUAACACAAACAUGACUCGAUAUACUGUAAACCUAACACAAAGAGUGCCUUAACUGACAAACAGUAUUGUUUCUAAAUGUAUACUGUGAUAAUUAGCUUGAUGCAAAUACUUCCUUUGCAAAAAGCUUGAGACACUGUACAAAAAAAUAAUUAAAUGUCUAGAAGGAAUUUCAUCUCUUCAGGUGAUUUCAAUUUUUUUCUUUUCAUCAGAUUUAGUUCUGGGUUCUGACUUAGCCAUU